UCUUGCUUGUGAAGUUAAAAGGAACGAGGAUAUUCACGUUUCACGUUAACACCUAUGAUCAACAGAUGUUGAUGCGUUCAUCCUUAACUACAGUCAUGAAAGCUUUGACAACAAGGAUGUGAAGCUCGUCCAUGUGUUUAAGCACUUGUCUGAUUUCUGGUUGCCGUGGACACGUUAUGACGCAAACAGACUUACUCCUGUUACGUAUUCCCCAUCAAUGUGAAUACCACACAUAUUCAGUGACGUCACUGGGGAACCCUUAAGCGCCCAUUGUCAAGACGACCACUCGCUUAGGCAAUCUUUUGGGGAUCAUUUUUGGAUAUUGUUUCCAGUUCUUGCUCAGCGUCUUGGUUGGGAUAAGAAUCAUGAGAGACGCUAAUUCCAAUCGACUGGAGCUACCGUCUAUAACAGUGGACGACUUCUCAACAGAAAAGAAAGACGAAGAACAUGAGGUUUUGACAUUCGUUCCUGGAAGAACAUGUCUUUGCCCAACUUCCGGUGACAGUCACUUUGACCAACUUAUUGAAACCACGACGAGGCUCAACUUGAAAACGAGGCGACCGAGUUAUACGGCUUGGCGAGAGCAGUAUUUGGGGAAACCCCUUUUAUCAUCAGGGCGUCCUUUUACCAUUCAUGAAACUGAGACAGACAAUGACGAUUUUACCGAAGAUAGGAAAACGAAGAUUGAAGAAUCUCUGGAAUGGUUAAGACACGAACUGAUGGAUAUGAGGUCUCAGGACAAACUACUCGCUUGUCGAUUGUUAUCCCUCCGCAAAGACAUUCACCAGUUUAAACUGCAGAAAGGCCAACAAGAGCACGAGGAACUACUUGACGACGUCCAGGCGGAUUACGAAGAAUUCAACCAGCUCUCCGAGCUGUGCGACAUGCCUAUGGACGAGCUCGUGUACAACAACAACCCACUGAAACAUUUGGGAGUUACCCGACUAAACCUCAAUGCCAGGAGAUUCUCCACGUGUUAAUGGCGCGGGAGGCCUUUUAUUGUGAUGACAAUGUGGUGGCUUUGACGAUAACACCCAGAUAACUAUUACCCAGGAGUGAUGAUUUUUUUCAUCGUAUAUACUACCUUUUUUUAACCUCGCCGGGUGGCAAAUACGCCCCAAAGAGCAAAACCUGCAAACACGAAAGUGGACAAGCUCCAGCUGAGGGAAAUUGAAACUCCACGCAUGCCCAAAAUCUCACUGGUUCGGAAUACUUUUUAUUACCUCUAAGUAACAUGAAAGUUUUGCUUAUACUGAUGAAGUUUACUCGAUGUUUGUUACCUAGAAAAAGGGAGGCAACUCUUGUGUACUAUCGUGUUAUAUCUGUGAUCCAUGACAAACGGGGCCGAAGCUUUGGCGAUACAGUUUCAUUUUUUUUCUUUCACUGACAUCGCGAAACGUUUUCACAAACGAAAUCGUCUGAUUACACAUGUGAUGGCAACAAAAAUAUUUAAAAAUGAGGCAGCACUAACAGUAUGAAAACGUGAGAUUUAAAUGCCUUUCUACACAUGCUCCCGUUUGCGUAGAAGUGUAUAUUGUGUCUUUAGAUCGAGCUAUUCCAGUAGGUUGAGCGCCUGUGACGAUCACGUGACUGUCCAUUAUGCCAUGCGCUUUAGGAAAUCACAGAAAAGGCGUAUCUACUCUUGCGCUCCAUCUGCUUGUGGGGGCCUAAGGAACAAUAGCCUAAGCGAUCGACAACGAUUCUUUAGGCAUAUCCGCACACUAACGUUCGUGAAAAACCAGUUGUCUUUCACCAAAGUAGCUCGCAUGUCUGCAUGUAUAUCACACGUGAGAAAGUUCGGCAGUAACUUGCCAAAGGUCGGUGGUUUACCCCGGGCAUUCCAGUUUCCUCCAGCAAUAAAAG